CCAUUGACUAUUCACCUCCCUUCUUUGAUCGAGUCUUCCGCAGACCAGAGAUGGAAGGAAUGAAGGAGAGCUCCUUAGGUUUAUAAAUCCCUCACAAACCAUUUAGAACUUGGGAUUUUCCCAAGGUUCAUAUGCCAUAGCCAAACUAUGUUCUGCGGGACUGGAAGCUUCAAACGGAUCGACGGGGAGCCAGGGGCUCCAGGUUCAGCUCCGGGGUCGCCGAGGGGAUCUAAGAGGAAGGGCAACAAGAAUCCAUACUCGACGAGGGGGCUCGACAAGUUCUCGACCGUGCUCGCCGAACUCGAGGCCAGGAGGAAGAAGAUCAUGGCAAAAGUUGGAACGGAGGGCGUCUCGAUGGUGCGGUUCGUGUACUCGAACUCAGAAGACUGGAUCCCAAUCAUUGUGAAGCUAAGAGAGGAUGCGAAAGAAGAGAAAACAAAGCUGGAUGAUGCCAGGAAGCCGAAGGCGCUGCCGACGCCGCCGCCGUCGCCGCCGAGCCAGCCUACUUCAGAGGUCGUCAAGGAGUCGUCGCCUCCUCCGGUUGGAUCGAUCGACGGUAAGGAAGUUGCGAAGGAGGCGGAGCCAGUAACGGGGAGGAAGGUGAAGUGGUGCUUCACCUGGGGAGGUGGAGGCCUAGUUAUUAUUGGCCUUUGGUGA